CAGAGCAACGCGAGGCCCAGAAGGAGCAGCGUGCACGUGCAUUCAGCAUCCCGCGGGCCUGCGAUGCAGCGGGGCGAACCAUGAACACGGUCCGUCCGUCGCAAGAGCAGAUCAGUGCGUACUCCGGGUUGCAGCAGGCCUGUACUUCAGAGCAACGCGCUACUGAACACCACACCCUGUUGCUGUAAAUACCUGCAGAAAUCCUCAGCAGCCUUACCCCCAGCAAUAAGGUGUAGACGUCCGCACCACACCGCCCGCCAAGAUGGUGGCCCUGUCGCUGAAGAUCUGCGUCCGGCAGUGCAAUGUGGUGAAGACCAUGCAGUUUGAGCCGUCCACCGCCGUCUAUGAUGCCUGCAGGAUCAUCAGGGAGAGGGUCCCUGAGGCCCAGAGUGGGCAGGCCUCUGACUAUGGGCUGUUCCUCUCUGAUGAUGACCCCAGGAAAGGGAUCUGGCUGGAGUCAGGGAGAACCCUGGAUUACUACAUGCUCCGAAAUGGGGACAUUCUGGAGUACAAGAAGAAACAGCGACCACAGAAGAUCAAAAUGCUGGAUGGUGCCAUCAAGACCAUCAUGGUGGACGAUUCCAAAACCGUGGGGGAGCUGCUCGUCACUAUAUGCAGUAGAAUAGGAAUCACCAACUAUGAGGAGUACUCUCUGAUCCAGGAGCUGCCAGAGGAGAAGAAGGAGGAAAGCACAGGGACACUGAAGAAGGACAGGACCCUGCUGAGAGAUGAGCGAAAGAUGGAGAAGCUCAAGGCCAAGCUCCACACAGAUGAUGACCUGAACUGGCUGGAUCACGGCCGCACCUUCCGCGAACAGGGCGUGGACGAGAGCGAGACGCUGCUGCUCCGGCGCAAGUUCUUCUACUCGGACCAGAACGUGGACUCUCGUGACCCGGUCCAGCUCAACCUGCUCUACGUACAGGCUCGGGAUGACAUCUUGAACGGCUCUCACCCUGUGUCUUUCGAUAAAGCCUGCGAGUUUGGAGGAAUUCAGGCUCAGAUCCAGUUUGGACCACACGUGGAACACAAACACAAACCAGGAUUCCUAGACCUGAAGGAAUUUCUGCCCAAAGAAUACAUCAAGCAGAGAGGGGCGGAAAAGAAAAUAUUUCAGGAGCACAAGAACUGCGGGGAGAUGAGUGAGAUCGAAGCCAAAGUGAAGUACGUGAAACUGGCACGGUCGCUUCGGACAUACGGAGUGUCCUUCUUCCUGGUGAAGGAAAAAAUGAAAAGCAAGAAUAAGCUUGUCCCACGGUUGCUGGGGAUCACCAAAGAGUCUGUGAUGCGAGUGGACGAGAAGACCAAAGACGUGGUGCAGGAGUGGCCCCUGACCACUGUGAAGAGAUGGGCCGCCUCACCCAAGAGCUUCACCCUGGACUUCGGGGAGUACCAGGAGAGCUACUACUCUGUCCAGACUACGGAAGGGGAGCAGAUCUCCCAGCUGAUAGCAGGCUACAUCGACAUCAUCCUGAAAAAGAAACAGAGCAAGGACCGCUUUGGUUUGGAAGGAGAUGAAGAAUCAACAAUGCUGGAAGAAUCCGUGUCCCCAAAAAAGUCCACCAUCCUGCAGCAGCAGUUUAACCGUGUGGGUCGGGUGGAGCACGGCUCCGUCGCGCUGCCCGCGGUCAUGCGCUCCGGUUCUGUUGGGCCUGAGACUUUCAACAUGGGCACCAUGCCCUCCGCCCAGCAGCAGGUCACCAUGGGCCAGAUGCACCGAGGACACAUGCCCCCUCUGAGCUCGGCACAGCAGGCUCUGAUGGGCACCAUUAACACCAGUAUGCAGGCUGUCCAGCAGGCCCAGGCCGACCUCGGGGAAGUGGACAACCUGCCCCCUCUGGGCCAGGACAUGGCUUCCAGGGUGUGGAUCCAGAACAAAGUGGACGAAUCGAAGCAUGAGAUCCACUCUCAGGUGGACGCCAUCACUGCAGGGACUGCGUCCGUCGUCAACCUAACAGCAGGUGACCCCACAGAUACGGACUACACCGCGGUGGGGUGCGCCAUCACCACCAUCUCCUCCAACCUAACUGAGAUGUCCAAGGGCGUCAAGCUGCUGGCGGCGCUGAUGGAGGACGAAGUGGGUAGCGGGCAGGACCUGAUGCGGGCCGCCAGAACCCUGGCCGGCGCCGUGUCGGACCUGCUGAAGGCUGUGGAGCCGGCGUCCGGGGAGCCUCGACAGACGGUGCUGACGGCGGCUGGCAGUAUCGGUCAGGCCAGCGGAGACCUGCUGCGGCAGAUUGGGGAGAGUGAGACCGAUGAAAGGUUCCAGGAUGUCCUCAUGAACCUGGCCAAAGCGGUGGCCAACGCUGCCGCCAUGCUGGUUCUGAAGGCCAAGAAUGUGGCACAGGUUGCCGAGGAUACGGUGCUGCAGAACAGAGUCAUUGCAGCUGCCACACAAUGUGCCCUCUCCACCUCACAGCUUGUGGCCUGUGCCAAGGUGGUGAGCCCCACCAUCAGCUCCCCGGUGUGCCAGGAGCAGCUGGUGGAGGCAGGGAAGCUGGUGGACCGCUCGGUGGAGGGGUGCGUGAAGGCCUGCCACUCGGCCACCAACGACAACGAGCUGCUGAAGCAGGUGACCGCAGCGGCCAGCGUGGUGAGCCAGGCGCUCAGUGACCUGCUGCAGCACGUCCGCCACUACGCCAGCCGCGGGGAGCCCAUCGGCCGCUACGACCAGGCUACCGACACCAUCAUGACUGUCACCGAGAGCAUCUUCAGCUCCAUGGGUGACGCUGGGGAGAUGGUCCGGCAGGCUCGGGUUCUGGCCCAGGCCACGUCGGACCUGGUGAACGCCAUGAGGUCCGACGCCGAGGCGGAAAUCGACGUGGACAACUCCAAGAAGCUGCUCGCUGCGGCCAAGCUGCUCGCCGACGCCACGGCCAGGAUGGUCGAAGCUGCAAAGGGGGCUGCUGCAUACCCGGAGAACGAGGACCAGCAACAGAGGCUGAGGGAAGCAGCUGAGGGGCUGCGCGUGGCCACCAACGCUGCAGCACAGAACGCCAUCAAAAAGAAGCUGGUCAACAGGCUGGAGAAUGCCGCGAAGCAGGCGGCCGCUGCUGCCACACAGACCAUCGCAGCCUCCCAGAACGCCGCGGCUUCCAACAAGAGCACGGCUGCCCAGCAGCAGCUGGUGCAGAGCUGUAAGGCGGUGGCGGACCACAUCCCUCAGCUGGUGCAGGGGGUUCGAGGCAGCCAGGCUCAUCCAGAAGACCUGAGUGCCCAGCUCGCCCUCAUCAUUGCCAGCCAGAGCUUCCUCCAGCCUGGCAGUAAAAUGGUGACGACUGCAAAAUCUGCUGUCCCCACGGUGUCAGACCAGGCCGCUGCCAUGCAGCUCGGCCAGUGCGCAAAGAACCUGGCCACCAGCCUGGCUGAGCUGCGAACGGCUGCCCAGAAGGCCAAUGAAGUGUGUGGGCCAAUGGAAAUAGACUCCGCCCUCACUGCAGUGAAAACACUGAAGAAUGAACUCCAAGAUGCCAAGAUGGCUGCUGUCGAUGGACAACUUAAACCUCUCCCUGGAGAAUCGCUGGAGAAGUGUGCUCAAGACCUGGGGAGCACCUCCAAGGCUGUAGGCUCCUCCAUGGCCCAGCUCCUCACCUGUGCUGCACAGGGCAAUGAGCACUACACAGGCGUGGCUGCCAGGGAGACAGCCCAGGCCCUGAAGACCCUGGCCCAAGCCGCACGAGGCGUGGCCGCCUCCACCACUGACCCCCAGUCAGCGGCGGCCAUGUUGGACUCCGCCCGCGACGUCAUGGAGGGCUCCGCCAUGCUGAUCCACGAGGCCAAGCAGGCUUUGGUUGCCCCUGGCGACGCGGAGAGACAGCAGAGACUAGCACAGGUGGCCAAAGCUGUUUCGCACUCCUUGAACAACUGUGUGAAUUGCCUGCCUGGGCAGAAGGAUGUGGACAUGGCCCUCAAGAGCAUCGGAGAGGCCAGCAAGAAGCUCCUGGUCGAUACGCUCCCUCCCUGCUCCAAGUCCUUCCAGGAGGCCCAGAGCGACCUGAACCAGACGGCCGCCGAUCUCAACCACUCGGCCGGGGAGGUGGUGCAUGCGUCCCGAGGUACCAGCAGCCAGCUCGCAGUGGCCUCUGGGAAGUUCAGCGAGGAUUUUGAUGAGUUCCUGGACGCCGGCAUCGAGAUGGCGGGCCACACUCAGAGCAAGGAGGACCAGAUCCAGGUCAUUGGAAAUCUGAAGAACAUCUCUAUGGCUUCCAGCAAGCUGCUCCUGGCUGCCAAAUCCCUGUCUGUGGACCCUGGGGCAGCCAAUGCGAAGAACCUCCUGUCUGCUGCAGCCAGAGCGGUGACGGAGAGCAUUAACCAGCUAAUCACACUGUGUACCCAGCAGGCACCGGGGCAGAAGGAGUGUGAUAAUGCUCUACGGGAGCUGGAGGCAGUGAAAGGACUGCUGGACAACCCCAGCGAGCCGGUCAGCGACCUGUCUUACUUCGACUGCAUCGAGAGUGUGAUGGAGAACUCAAAGGUGCUGGGAGAGUCUAUGGCUGGGAUCUCUCAGAACUGCAAGACCGGAGACGUGCCCGCGUUCGGGGAGUGCGUGGGCGUGGCUUCCAAAGCCCUGUGUGGGCUGACAGAGGCAGCUGGACAGGCCUCUUACCUGGUGGGCGUGUCUGACCCCAACAGCCAGGCGGGUCACCAGGGCCUAGUGGACCCCAUUCAGUUUGCCCGGGCCAAUCAGGCCAUUCAGAUGGCCUGUCAGAACCUGGUGGACCCAGCCAGCAGCCCCUCCCAGGUGCUGUCUGCAGCCACCAUAGUAGCCAAGCACACAUCCGCCUUGUGCAACGCCUGCCGCCUGGCUUCCUCCAAAACCGCCAACCCCGUGGCCAAGAGACACUUUGUCCAGUCGGCUAAAGAGGUUGCCAACAGCACGGCCAACCUCGUCAAAACCAUAAAGGCUCUGGACGGGGAUUUCUCAGAGGAGAACCGGGACAAGUGCCGCGUUGCCACGGCGCCGCUCAUUGAGGCUGUGGAGAACCUGACGGCCUUUGCCUCCAACCCAGAGUUCGCCAGCAUUCCUGCGCAGAUUAGCAAUGAGGGCUCAGCUGCUCAGGAGCCCAUCCUACGGUCGGCACGCUCAAUGCUGGAAAGCUCCACCCAGCUCCUCAAGACCGCCCGCUCAUUGGUCAUAAACCCCAAGGAUCCGCCAACCUGGUCUAUCCUGGCUGGCCACUCCCGCACCGUGUCUGACUCCAUCAAGAGCCUGAUCACUGCCAUCCGGGACAAAGCCCCAGGACAGAGAGAAUGUGACUACUCCAUCGACAACAUUAACAAAUGUAUCCGGGACAUCGAGCAGGCGUCUCUAGCUGCAGUCGGUCAGAGCCUGCCCACGCGGGACGACAUCUCCCUGGAGGCUCUGCAAGACCAGCUGACCUCAGCAGUGCAGGAGAUUGGCCACCUCAUUGACCCCAUCUCUACAGCAGCGAGGGGAGAGGCAGCUCAGCUGGGACACAAGGUAACUCAGCUGGCCAGCUACUUCGAGCCCCUCAUCGUGGCUUCUGUGGGAGUGGCCUCCAAGCUCCUGGACCACCAGCAGCAGAUGACGGUUCUGGACCAGACCAAGACACUGGCUGAGUCUGCCCUGCAGAUGCUGUAUGCUGCGAAAGAGGGAGGGGGCAACCCCAAGGCGGCACACACACAUGAUGCCAUCGCUGAGGCGGCCCAGCUGAUGAAGGAGGCGGUGGACGACAUCAUGGUCACUCUGAACGAGGCGGCCAGCGAGGUGGGGAUGGUGGGCGGCAUGGUGGACUCCAUCGCCGAGGCCAUGGGCAGGCUGGAUGAAGGGACCCCACCAGAGCCAGAGGGCUCAUUCGUGGACUACCAGACAACGAUGGUGAAGUACUCCAAGGCCAUCGCAGUCACCGCCCAGGAAAUGAUGACAAAGUCAGUGACCAGUCCAGAAGAGCUGGGGGGUCUGGCCUCCCAGGUGACCACAGACUAUGGCCAGCUUGCCCUCCAAGGUCGUCUGGCAGCUGCAACUGCAGAACCAGAGGAGAUUGGGUUUCAGAUAAAGACAAGGGUCCAGGAGCUGGGUCAUGGCUGUAUCUUCCUGGUCCAGAAGGCCGGUGCCCUACAAGUCACCCCUACUGACAGCUUCACCAAGAGGGAGCUUAUAGAGUGUGCCCGGGCUGUCACAGAGAAGGUGUCCAUGGUGCUGUCAGCCCUGCAAGCGGGAAACAAAGGCACCCAGGCCUGCAUCACGGCCGCCAGUGCCGUCUCUGGGAUCAUCGCCGACCUGGACACCACCAUCAUGUUUGCCUCGGCCGGCACGCUCAACGCUGAGAAUGAGGAGUCCUUUGCUGACCACAGGGAGAACAUCCUGAAGACCGCCAAAGCCCUGGUGGAGGACACCAAAAUGCUGGUUUCCGGAGCAGCGUCCAGCCAGGAGAAACUGGCCCAGGCUGCCCAGUCCUCCGCCAAAACCAUCACCCAGCUGACUGACGUGGUCAAACUGGGUGCUGCCAGCAUCGGUUCGGAUGACCCCGAGACACAGGUGGUGCUGAUAAACGCUGUGAAGGACGUGGCCAAGGCCCUGGCUGAGCUGAUUGGAGCCACAAAGUGCGCAGCGGGAAAGCCGGCCGACGAUCCCUCCAUGUAUCAGCUGAAGAGCGCUGCCAAGGUGAUGGUGACGAAUGUGACAUCGCUCCUGAAGACGGUGAAGGCAGUAGAGGACGAAGCGACUCGAGGAACGAGAGCGCUGGAGGCGACCAUCGAGUGCAUCAAGCAGGAGCUGACGGUGUUCCAGUCCAAAGACCUUCCAGAAAAGUCCACGACGCCCGAGGAGUUCAUUCGCAUGACGAAGGGCAUCACCACGGCGACGGCCAAAGCUGUCGCAGCGGGCAACUCCGCCCGUCAGGAGGACGUGAUCUCCACGGCGAACCUGAGCCGCAAAGCCAUCUCUGACAUGCUGAGCACCUGUAAGCAAGCGGCCUAUCACCCCGAGGUGGCUGAGGACGUGCGGAACCGAGCACUGCUGUUCGGGACGGAGUGUACAAACGGGUACAUCCAGCUGCUGGAGCACGUGCUGCUGGUCCUGCAGAAGCCCACUCCAGAGCAGAAGCAGCAGCUGGCUGUGUUCUCUAAGCGAGUGGCGGGAGCAGUGACUGAGCUCAUCCAGGCAGCUGAGGCCAUGAAAGACGGAGGCACAGAGUGGGUGGACCCAGAAGACCCCACGGUGAUCGCCGAGACGGAGCUGCUGGGGGCGGCGGCAUCCAUCGAGGCCGCGGCCAAGAAACUGGAGCAGCUGAAACCCAGAGCCAAACCCAAGCAGGCGGACGAGACCCUGGACUUCGAGGAGCAGAUCCUGGAGGCUGCCAAGUCCAUUGCUGCGGCAACCAGCGCUUUGGUGAAAUCGGCGUCAGCGGCACAGAGAGAGCUUGUGGCGCAGGGCAAGGUGGGGUCCAUCCCUGCGAAUGCGGUGGACGAUGGCCAGUGGUCGCAGGGCCUCAUCUCUGCGGCCCGCAUGGUGGCGGCCGCGACCAGUAACCUGUGUGAGGCGGCCAACGCCUCAGUCCAGGGCCACGCCAGCGAGGAGAAGCUCAUCUCCUCCGCCAAGCAGGUGGCCGCCUCUACCGCCCAGCUCCUGGUGGCCUGCAAGGUGAAGGCUGACCAGGACUCAGAGGCCAUGAGGAGACUGCAGGCUGCUGGGAACGCUGUGAAGCGGGCGUCCGAUAACCUGGUGCGGGCAGCGCAGAAGGCGGCCUUUGACAAGGCAGAAGACGACAGCGUUGUGGUGAAGACCAAAUUCGUGGGCGGAAUCGCUCAGAUUAUUGCUGCACAGGAGGAGAUGUUGCGAAAGGAGAGAGAGCUGGAGGAAGCGAGGAAGAAGCUGGCCCAGAUCCGCCAGCAACAGUACAAGUUCCUGCCCAGUGAGCUCCGGGAGGAUGAGAACUGAGCUGGCCCAGCCCAAUAAAUCGCCCCCCUCCCCCUCCUCCUCCUCCUCCAGCCCAAAGGGACAGGGCCUGGUACCAUUAAACUCUCCACACUCGCACGCACAAACAAAUGCAAAAACACAUGCACACACAUAGAACAUGCACAAACUCAUACAAAUGUACACAAACACACACACACAUCCUGAUCUUAAAGGAAAGGCUUGCCUUCUCUGUCUCCAUGACAGUAGUGGCAGGUCUUUUCUACACUUAUGACAGAUACUCUUCUCUCAGUUUUACCUUUCAGCUCUCAUCAGUGCAUACAGACAGGGUGUACUUGUAUGAAAUGCAUCCUAAUACUGCAUCCCAAAGCUCCUUUUGUUAUAGGAGUGACCUCCCCUGUGCAGCUGAGUCUCAAUAACCUAUAUGUGGAAUUGUUUUUUUACAUAAACAUCUGAAUUUUUCUCUCUCCACAAUCAGAGGGAAAAAUCUUGAUUGACCAGGUGCUUGAUAUGUGUGCAUAUCACACACACACGCAGACAUGCUGUCAAGCAUUCUGUUUUGUACCUUUUAAGACAAGGAAAGUGGCUGUUUUGUGCCCGUUACAGGUGCGGAUUAUGUAGGAUUUUACAUCUGAAGUUGUUCUUGUGGAAAUUUGAGUUUACCUCUAAGUCCUGAAGUUUGCCUACAGCCAUCCUGGGUUGUGGACCAGGGACCUUUUCACAUGCAUUGAGUGUGAAGCCAGUCUCUGAUAAUGACACAAAUUUACCUGUUCUAAUCUCACCUGUGGAUGCCUGCAGAUAUAGUUACAGCACCAUGACAGGUGAUGAGAUGUUUUUAAAAGGUACCAUGCUAAAGCUCUUAAACCUCAUGCUUUCUUUAAGCAAAAACACAAAGCAGACAGCAAAUACAAUGUCUAUGUAUACUGGAGAACACUAUAAUGUUUCUAAGCUGAUCUACCUGUAAGUUUGAGCCGAUUCAGAUGGCUCUGUUCUGCUAAUGUAUAAUCACAUUACGCGUGGAGCUGGAAACCCCUAUGAAUGUCUUGCUUUCUUCACUUAAAAAGGGGUAGAAGAGAUUUAUCUGUAGCCAGCAGGGAGGCUUUAAAUGAAGCGUUUGGGUUCUGCAAUAGUGGUGGGAAGGUGAGGCUUCAUAAUCCCCAAUAUGGGGUACAGUGAGUUCUUGGCAUUUCAAUAGCUCUACCCAUUUUAGGGUUCUUGAAGCCUCACUCUCCCAUCUUCUCUCUGCUAGGCUCUGGGUGUGGUUCUCCUGAGCACUUCUUUCUUCUAGUGUCUACUCAGAAACUGUCUAGUAAGCACACCUGCUGAACACUAGAUGUCAUGGGCGGACCAUUCUAUUCCUUGCUCCUCCUCACUCUAUUGUAUAUAUGGAGCCAUACUUCUUUGGCAGUGUCUACUAACAUAUACAAUGCAAUACAGUGAUUGGGGCACUAUCUGCAGCACCCGGUCACAGAUAAGGGGUUCCAGGUGUAGGUUUUGUAUUUUUAAACCCCGUCCUCUAGGGCA